UGCCAUCUCUGUGGUGAAGAUCCUCAGGGUGCUGAGGGUGUUGAGGCCUUUAAGGGCGAUAAACAGAGCCAAGGGACUGAAGCACGUGGUUCAGUGUGUGUUUGUGGCUGUGAAGACGAUCGGAAACAUUGUUCUGGUGACGAUGCUGCUCGACUUCAUGUUCGCCUGUAUCGGAGUUCAGCUCUUCAAAGGGAAGUUUUACUCAUGCACAGAUCCAGACCAGAUGACCGAGGAGACCUGCAGAGGCUGGUUCAUUAGGUACCAGGAGGGGGCGCUGCACGAGAUGGAGCUCCAUCAGAGACGCUGGACCAACUCGGAGCUGAAUUUUGACAACAUCCUAAAUGGCAUGCUGGCCCUGUUCACCAUCUCCACCUUCGAGGGUUGGCCGAGACUCCUGUAUAAAGCCAUAGACUCUAACCUGGAGGACAAAGGUCCCGUGUACGACAACAGAGUGGCCAUCUCCAUCUUCUUCAUCGUCUACCUCAUCCUCAUCGCCUUCUUCAUGAUGAACAUCUUCGUCGGCUUCGUCAUUGUCACCUUCCAGGAGCAGGGAGAGCAGGAGUACAAGAACUGCGAGCUGGACAAGAACCAGCGUCAGUGUGUGCAAUACGCUCUGAAGGCCCGCCCCCUUAGGUGUUACAUACCCAAGAACCCGUAUCAGUACCAGGUGUGGUAUAUCGUCACUUCCUGUUACUUUGAGUACCUGAUGUUCCUGCUCAUCAUGCUCAACACCAUGUGUCUGGGGAUGCAGCACUGUAACCAGUCGGAUCACGUCACUCACCUGUCCGACAUGCUGAACGUGAUCUUCACGGUCCUCUUCACUGUGGAGAUGAUCCUGAAGCUCAUGGCGUUCAAAGCAAAGGGUUACUUUGGAGACCCGUGGAACGUGUUCGACUUCGUCAUCGUUAUUGGGAGUGUGGUGGACGUCAUUCUGAGCGAGAUCGAUGCAGCUCUGGCCUCCUCUGGAGGACUUUACUGUCUCCACGGCUGUGCUGCUGUGGAUCCUAUGCAGGCCAUCGCGUCCUCAGAAAACAUGAGUGUUUCCGUGACUUUCUUCCGGCUGUUCCGUGUGAUGCGUUUGGUGAAACUUUUAAAUCGAUCUGAGGGUAUCAGGAAUCUUCUGUGGACCUUCAUCAAGUCCCUGCAGGCUCUUCCAUAUGUGGCGCUUCUCAUCCUCAUGUUGUUCUUUAUAUAUGCUGUGGUUGGAAUGCAGAUAUUUGGUAAAAUUGCGUUGGUUGACGGAACAUACAUCAACAGGAACAACAACUUUCAGACGUUCCCACAGGCGGUGCUACUGCUAUUCAGGUGUGCGACAGGUGAGGCGUGGCACGAGGUCAUGUUAGCAAGUAUGUACGGCAAGAAGUGUGACCCAAAAUCAGAUUACCUUCCCGGAGAGGAGAACACCUGUGGCUCCAACUUCGCCAUCAUCUACUUCAUGAGUUUCUACAUGCUGUGUGCAUUCCUGAUCAUCAACCUGUUUGUGGCCGUCAUCAUGGAUAACUUUGACUACCUGACUCGUGAUUGGUCGAUCCUCGGUCCUCAGCACCUAGAUGAGUUUAAGAAGAUCUGGGCGGAGUACGAUCCUGAGGCCACGGGGCGUAUUAAGCACCUUGACGUGGUGACUCUCUUGCGUAGGAUUCCUCCUCCUCUGGGUUUUGGAAAGUUUUGUCCACAUCGAAUCGCCUGCAAGAGGCUGGUGUCUAUGAACAUGCCCCUGAACAGUGACGGCACAGUUACCUUUAACGCCACGCUGUUCGCUCUGGUCAGAACGGCUCUGAAGAUCAAGACUGAAGGAAACUUUGAACAAGCUAAUGAGGAGCUCCGAGGGAUCAUCAAGAAGAUCUGGAAACGAACCAGCAUGAAACUCCUGGACCAGGUCAUCCCACCAAUCGGAGACGAUGAGGUGACAGUGGGGAAGUUCUACGCCACCUUCCUGAUCCAGGAUUAUUUCAGGAAACUGAAGAAGAGACAGGAGGAGUACUACGGUUGCCGACCCACCAAGAACAACGCCACACAUGAGAUUCAGGCCGGUCUGAGGAACAUCGAGGAGGAAGCAGCUCCUGAACUUCACAGAACGAUCUCUGGAGACCUGGUCACCGAGGAGGAGAUGGAGCGAGCCAUCGAUGAAGCUACUGACACCAUCUUCAGGAGGCAGGGCAGUCUGUUUGGGAACACUGAGCCGUUUCCUGGAGACACAACCCAGGACACAAACCAGAGGCCCCUGCAGAUGACUGAGGGAAACCCCAACAACAGAGCACAUCGAGACAGUCUUUAUUAAAGUGUGAGGAGCUGAUCUCUGAUUGGACGACCUGAUGGAUAUGAACUCUUCCUGUUGAAAUAUUUCAAAUAAAAA